AGUACCGUUUAGAGUGAGGUGCUCCUCUGUGCUCCUCCUCAGGUCCUGACAGACAUGUUCCCUCUCCGGUCUCGUCUCCUCCCGGUGCUCAGGCUCUACCUGCUCGGGUUCAAGGUGCUACUGCUCCAGCUGUUCACCAGAGCGUUCCGGCUGCCAGAGAUGCCCAGACAAGAUGGCAAGGUUGCCAUAGUGACAGGAGGGGGCAGGGGAAUCGGCUAUGAGGUAGUCCGCCACAUGGCCAGACUGGGCGUGCACGUUAUCAUAGGUGGGAGGGAUGAGCGUGAGGGCCUGGCAGCCGUCAGAAGGAUCUGUGAGGAGUAUAAAGAGGCCAAAGUCGAGUUCAAGAAGCUGGACCUCGCCUCUUUGCAGUCUGUCCAUCAAUUUGUCCAACGCUUCAAGCAGCAGGGCCUGCCACUAAACAUACUUAUCAAUAAUGCGGGUGUCAUGCUGGUUCCCGAGCGCCGCACUGAAGAUGGAUUUGAGCAGCACUUUGGGGUGAACUACCUGGGUCACUUCCUGUUGACCUGGCUGCUCCUGGACACACUCAAGGAUUCUGGGAAGUGUGGUCACUUCUCUCGUGUGGUCAACGUCUCCUCCUCCGCCCACCGCAUCGGCGAGGUCCGACUUAACGAUUUAAACAGCCGCCAGUGUUAUUCAGCCCAUGCUGCUUACUGUCACAGUAAACUGGCCCAGCUGGUAUUUAGCUCCCACCUCCAGCAGGAGCUACAGCACGGAGGCUUCCCAGUGACUUCAUGUGCUGUGGACCCUGGCAUGGUGGACACUGCUCUCUACUGCCACCUCUGGAAGCCCCUCCACCUGGCACACAGCGCCCUUGCCCCCCUGCUUCUGAAGACCCCUGUACAGGGCGCUGCCACUGUGUUGCACGCUGCCCUAUCACCAGCCCUGGAGGGGGAGUACGGAGAAGGCUACUGGUCCAAUGGGUGCAGGGAGAUGACAACACCCCCGACCUUUGACCCCCAGCUCAAGCUGAGCCUCUGGGAGACCAGCCUCCAGUUACUGGGACUGCAGUAGUACGAUAACCUCGAUAAGGACUCCUCCCCGAAGAAGACGUCAGACACAGACCUUCAACUCGAACAAACCAGCCGCUUUCCUCUUCCUCCCUUUUUUUCAGUUUUUUUUCGCUGUCCAUAGCGUUUUAUUUUGACAAUCUUGCAUCCACCACGGACUGUGAUUGGUUAUUUGGGAAGUCAAGACCUUGUUUUUGUUCCAGACCCGCCAAAGAAGGGCUACAGGGGACGGAAGACAUGUUUUCUGUUUGUCUCUGUGAGCGAGCUAACAUACGCACAUGUGUAAACACACUUGAGGGUUAGAUGGAUAUGUGAUUUUGCGGCCAUAGAUACUUGGAAGUUGACAUCAGAUUAUUUCCUGAUUUUAGCAGAUAUCUAUAUAAAAAAAAAAAAAACACAAUGACACAUGCUCCACUUUGCCUUAAUGUCAUUAGUCUGGAUUUCAAUAAACAGUUUCAAAAUACUUAAAUAAUUUUCUGAGGUUUUACAAUGCAGUUAUUGAAAUAUUAUUACAUUCAAUUCUCUUUUGAUAAUGGAAGUAGAUUAAAACGCUAAAUUCUGGCUCUAUACUAGCUGCAAAAUCACAUGUCGGUCAAACCCUCACAUACACAAACACACACAUACUCAUACACCAUGAAAAUUAUUAGAUUCUUCAGAUCUGAACCCAACUUGCUGUGGGCGGAGGAAUAUGAUGUCAUAACUUUGCUUUGACACAUCGUAAUGGUUUUUCGCAGCUCAUGUUUCCAUCCCCUCCCGUUUUACUGGGAGCACCUUGUUCCUUUUGUAACACCCUUGUGCUUUUACUGGUUACUGCUGUACUGAGUCCUCAUGUUGACUGCUGGUUGUAGUUGUGUGUGAUAUGCUGUGUUUUGGGGAUGCUGGGAAAACGUCAUCAUCAGCUCCUCCGUCCUUUGUCCCUCUUCAACUCAGCACACCAACAAAGAACAUUCCUACAGACUGAAGGGGGAUUCGGGAAAACCCUGGAAUACAGAAGAGAUCCCAUGUAAAAGCAGGGCAGAUUUGGAAUGAUUUCCUCUGUAGACUUAACAAUGACACGUUUGUUUUUUUAUUUUGGAUUUGUUUUUAUGGCCGUCUGUCCCAGUUUUCCUUUGUGAUCGGUGUUAAUCGGUUUUUACUGCGCCUGUGAUAGAUGUGUUUGUGCUUUAUGCUCAUCAGUGAAGCAUCGACUCAUGCUAUAGACCCAAAUCAGUUGAAAGAUAGCACAACAAUGGCCGGUCCAGGAGGAACAGCAACAGAAAGGAGAGCGAGGGAAAUCACAUUUUUUCCAUUAUUCAAGCUGUGAUGGUUCCUCAUUGCUGCUGCUGCUGCGUCUGCUUCUGCUUCCUCAUUUGGCGCCGCUCCCAGUGCAUUGUGGGAUUGAGAUUUCCCAGUGGUGAGAAUCAAACUCCAUCUGCCGAGCUGACACACUCACUCUCAAACAUUGGAUGCAGUACUGUAUAUCCAGGCACAGGCUUAUCUAAACAAGCACACAGCACGUCUGUCUCUCAUUCAGGAAAACACUCACCUACACACACACAAAGAUAUAACACACAGCCAUAAAACCAUUGCCACUGUGAUUAACCAUUUUAGCUGUGAAGAUGAAAAGUUUUAUCUCAAACUGACUCGAUUUGGCUGAAAAUCCUUCCACCCAGUGCCAUCCCAUCGCUGUGUGUGUUGGAUUUUUGUGUUGUUGCUUUUUACACUGCCACAGAGCAUCCAGCGUUCAUUGUGAUCUGCCGUGUGUGAAGCAAUAGUAUCACCGUGGUACUGUGGCUCCUUCAGCCAGUAGCACAGACCGGGACAUUCAGACCCGGGACUAUGAAAUUCUAUCAAAGAAAAAAAAAAAACUCACACAAAUAUCACGAAUUCAGAAUUUCUUUAGUGACAGUAACGUGCAUGUCCCCAAUUUCACAACCAGUUUGACGACCUGUAAUUGGUCUGGUUUGUGUGAUAUGAUUACCCUUGAUGGCUCACAUUAGCACGUGGACCUGGUAGAAAUGACAUGAUCAUAUCAUUUGACCAAGAUAACCUAAAAGCUCCGUUAAGCAGCAAGACAAUAUUUAAUGGACGGUAGGGUCGUGUGCUGUGAUGUUUGAACAUGGACUCUGUGGGUCCAUUUUUAGACUAAUGCAUUGUCCAUGUCAUAAAGAGUCGAAGAGGGCAGUGUUGUUUAUGACAGAUCUAGGCUGGUAGGAGAUGUCUGUUCUGGCUUUGAGACGUAUUCAGGCAAAUACAUUAAAUAUUUAUAAUAUAUAUAUAUAUACAACAGCAUCAUUACUCAGUUGCUUGGAUAAUAAUAUGAAUCAACUUGUACAAGUGGGAACCUGAUAACUAUGAUGUCACAUGAACGCAGCAUAACUAGCAAAACACAACACACCUUGAAUUGAUUCUGAUUGGCUCUCAUUAUAGAGCGAAUACAAUAUGGCCAAUCAGGACCCUGUAUUGUUUGUUGGAUGGGUGGACCUCCACCAGCAGAUUUACCUCAUUCUAAUGAGAGUUAGAUUUUUCAGCCAAUCAGGGUUCAGUCUGACGAGAACUCCGGUUCAGUUAAAUUCAGCUUUUAGUGUACUGGUACCUACGUUAAAUAUCACGAAUGGAAAUCCAAAAGAAUAAAAUGGGACAUUUAAAUUCUAAUUUAAAGCAAUCAUGAGUUAGAUUAGUUUUUCUAUUGACGCAGUCAUGUGGGAACUGACUGUAAAUGCCAGCAAUACUCUUCAGUUUUUAAGAUGUUAUUUUGUGGGUCGUCCAACUGCUCAUUGCCCCGGUGCUUCCUUGUUUUACUGUGGAUCCUUGAGGCUCCCGUAGAGUACUGACAAAAUAAACAACAACCAAACCUAGUUCUCUAGUGAAACAAACGUGUGUGUGUCCCCUUCACACAAAGGACAAACACCAGCUUACCACUCAGCAGCACUCAUUUAACGUACAAGGCUUCGGUGCGAGCUACAUCACCGUGCUUUCCCACAAUCCAGCUGCUAUGAUAGAUGUUAUUUAAAAAAAAAAAAAAAAAAACUAAGGGAGGGGGGAGGGGAGGGGGGGCAUCUGCACACAAGAUUUUCCAAAGAAUGGGUUAGGAAGAAGUGUGAGGGUCUGUCUCUGUGUUGUUGUUGGGUCAGCGUGACGAGUAGAGGAGUGGGGGGGCUGCUAAAUUAUCGAUGAUUACCUUGUUAUAUAUUUAGCGGACUUGUCGAGAGCUCUGCGCAGACGGAACAGCACACUGAACUUUCUGAACUUGAAUUGCAAAUAUAGAAGAAGAGCAACAAAAAAAGUGACGUUCCGUGAUAUUGUCUGUAUGUUAUCUACUCGUAAAUUUCAAAAAGCCGCUGGACUUGGACCAGUGGAGCUGUAUGUCGACUAAAAACGCUCUAAUAGCUUCUUUUCUUCUGACUGACCUGGGAUUACAUUUAUAUUAAAUGUUCUGGUCCCAAGUUCUGCGAUUCCCUAAAUGUGUAUAUGUAAAGGAAGAGAUCAUAUGAAGACGUACACAGUGGGAAGGUUUCCAGAUGAACUGAUUUCUUACUCUGGAGAAGAUAUGAGAAAACACAUGCAGACAUUUUUCUGUCCUUCCAUCUUUUUACGCAUGGGCCCGUACACCAUUUUCUCCUUUUGCUAUGAGUGUGACCUUUAGCUCGAGACCCUGCGGGGGGGAGCUGGAGAGGCAGAUGUUCCCACCUCAAAUCCAGUGUAAACAUUCAGUCCAUCUGGGAGCCAGAGGUUUUCCUGAAGAUGUUCUUAUUUUCUAAAUCGUUAUUUCGUCGUUGUUGAGAUUUAAUACAUUUUAUUGCUUUUGCUGUGCCUAUGAAGAAAAUCUCCCUCAUAUGUGUAUACUGUGACAUUUUUCCAUGUAGAAAUGAGCUCGUAGAAACUGUGAUACUGUCUCGUCCUGUGCAUUUUGCUGUAAGUUCUUUCUUCUCGUGUGAAGGGAAUGAAGAGUGUGUGUGUGUGUCUGUGUGGGUGUGUGUGGUUGAGUGUGUGUGUGUGUGGUUGAGUGUGUGUGUGUCUAGAUUAGGGAGUCCAUGUCCAUGUUUCUUGUCGAUGGUUGUGACAUUCCAGCAGCAGCCACCACCUUUUCUAUUAUCCAAAGCCUCUCAAUAAACAUAUCAUUGUGCCA